AUGGAUUCUGAUUUUUAUUUUUCUACCACACAACAUGUUUCUGGAUCGGAAAGGUUAUCAGAAUCUCAACUUAUCACCAGCACCUAUUCCGAAUAUUCACCAGAAAAAUAUAAUAUCGAACAGGAUCUCGAUCACUCUCAAUAUUUAAAGCGUGAUGAUGAAAAUUUUACAGAAGAAGAUACCUGGAAGGUCAUAGGUUCAUUUUUUAAUGAACACGGACUAGUACACCAACAAAUUGAAAGCUUUAAUGAUUUCAUAACAUACCGUAUGCAAGAGAUUAUAGACUCACACCCUCCAAUCGAGAUCACACCGCAACCAAAUUAUCGACCAGAAGAGGAGGUGGAAAAUAGUGUAGUGUACAAGUUAAAAUUCGGCCAACUAUCGCUAAGCAAGCCUUCAGUAGAGGAGAAGGACGGAGUGUUUAAACACAUAUGGCCACAAGAAGCGAGACUGAGAAAUCUAACAUACGCCUCGCAAGUAUAUAUUGAUAUUGAACAGGAAACAUACAUUAAUGAAGAUGGAAAACUUACACAAACAGACUCAACAGUGUACCCAAGAGUACCCCUGUGUAGAAUGCCAAUGAUGCACAAGUCGUCAUACUGCUGGACGAGAGGACUUAAUGAUCAGGAUUUGUCAGACAUAGGAGAGUGUGUAUUUGAUCAAGGAGGCUACUUUGUUGUGAACGGAGGAGAGAGGGUUUUAAUAGCACAGGAGAGAAUGGCGAACAAUUUCGUCUAUGUUUUCAAUAAAAAAAAUUCAAAAUAUUCAGCAGUAGCACAGCUUAGGUCACAGCCUGAUUUCAUACAGGGAGUUACAUCACUUACAAUCAUGAUUUCAAAUUCCCAACUCACCAAAAAUAAGAUGGUGGCAGUACUCCCGUACAUAAGAAGCGACAUACCAGUUCCCAUACUUUUCAGAGCACUUGGGUGUAUCUCAGACAGGGAUAUACUCCAGAGAAUAGUCUACGAUUUCUCAGAUACACAAAUGCUGUCCUUGAUGAGAUCAAGUCUCGAAGAAUGCUCAGAAUACACCUCACAAGAACAGUGCCUGGACUUCAUAGGUAAAAGAGGCCCGACAGUGGGAGCACUUCAGGAGGAAAGACUAAAUUUCGCAAAGGAAACACUACGCCGACAUUUUUUGCCGCACGUUGGAACGGAGGUGGGGUCUGAGUCGAAAAAGUGCUUUUACCUGGGUUACAUGAUACACAGGUUGCUCCUAAACCAGCUGGGACGUAUAAAUGAAGAUGACAGAGAACAUUUCGGGAAAAAAAGACUGGAUCUAGCGGGAUCACUGAUGGCAAGUAGUUUUGGAACUUUGUUUAGAAAGUUGGCUAAGGAUGUAGAAAGGUUCCUAAAAAAUCAAAUUGAUUCAGGACGCUCAUUUGACGUGGCAGGAGCGAUUAAAUCCUGCUCACAAAUAACGCAAGGAUUACAAUAUCAACUACUAACAGGUACACAUAGUAAAAUAAUUAAGAUAAAAUUUAUUUUAUUAAAGAAAUUUACAAUAUGGAACUGGGGAAGAGAUAAGGAUGGAAAUGUAGUGAGAACAGGAGUCUCACAAGUACUCAAUAGACUAACGUUUGCGUCAUAUUUGUCACAUCUGAGGAGGCUGAAUACACCACUAGGAAGAGAAGGAAAAAUGGCGAAACCAAGACAGUUACAUAAUACACACUGGGGAAUGAUCUGCCCAGCAGAAACACCAGAAGGUCAAGCAGUUGGUUUGGUCAAGAACCUAGCGUUGAUGUGUUACAUCAGUGUGGGAAGCCUGUCAAGCACAAUCCUGGACUUUCUGCUGGAGUUCGGAAUGGACUCCCUUGACGAAAUCAGCCCAAUUUUGAUAAAGGAUAGAGUAAAGAUAUUCCUGAAUGGUACCUGGGUAGGAGUUUUCAACCAGCCAGAUUCGUUAGUAAACGUACUGCUGGAGCUGAGAAGGAAGGGAAAUAUAAGCAGCGAAACAUCAAUAGUGAGAGAUAUCAUGUCAAACGAGAUUAAAAUAUUCACAGAUUCAGGGCGAUCAAUGAGGCCAUUGUAUAUAGUUGAGAAUAACAGACUGUUGAUAACAAAGAGACAUGCUAAUAUGAUAGAAAAUAAUCAAUUGACCUGGUCAGGUCUCAUGGAAACUGGAGUGGUAGAAUAUAUCGAUUGCGAGGAGGAGGAAAUAUGCAUGAUAGCAAUGUUCCCAGACGACCUUGUUAAUAAUAACAACUACUGUAACAGUUACACGCACUGUGAAAUACACCCGAGUAUGAUACUGGGAGUGUGUGCAUCAAUUAUACCAUUCCCAGACCAGAACCAAAGCCCAAGGAACACCUACCAGUCAGCAAUGGGAAAACAAGCAAUGGGGGUGUAUAGCACCAACUAUAAUCUAAGAAUGGAUACACUAAGCCAUGUGCUGUAUUACCCACAGAAACCACUAGUGUGCACAAGAUCAAUGGAGUUUUUAAGGUUCAGAGAACUCCCAGCAGGAAUUAACUCCAUAGUGGCAAUUAUGUGCUACACAGGUUACAACCAGGAAGAUUCACUAAUUAUGAAUCAGUCUUCAAUUGAUAGAGGACUGUUCAGAUCAGUGUUUAACAGGACAUAUUCAUCAGAGGAAAAGUACUUGGGAAGUACCGUCAUCGAGUCAUUCACCAAACCAACAUCAACAGGGAAAUUCUUAAAUUUGAAAAGAGGAGAUUACUCGAAACUAGAUAACGAUGGACUUAUAGAGCCAGGAAGCAGAGUAUUGGGAGAUGAUAUCAUAAUAGGAAGGUCGUCACCAGUGGAAUCAGACCCAAAUAACCCACAAUACACGCCUGAAAUGAACUUGAGAAUGGACUGCAGCUGUUGUCUGAGACCCAACGAAAACGGAGUGGUGGAUAACGUGCUCCUAACAGUAAACAACAAGGGAUGUAAAUUUACAAAGGUCAAGGUGAGAAGUAUCAGAGUACCACAAAUAGGAGAUAAGUUCGCAAGCAGACAUGGCCAGAAAGGAACAAUAGGAAUGACAUUUAGAAUGGAAGACCUCCCAUUCACGUGUGACGGAAUAGUACCAGACAUUAUUAUGAACCCACACGCAGUGCCGUCAAGAAUGACAAUAGGUCACCUGAUUGAGUGUUUACUAGGUAAAGUUGGAUCUCUAGUUGGUAUGGAAGGCGACGCAACACCAUUCAGUAAAAUGACACUAGAACAGAUUUCUAACCGUUUGUUCAAGUGUAGAUACUCAAGAUACGGAAAUGAAGCAUUCCAUAACGGAUUCACAGGUAAUUUGAUGGCCAGUAAGAUAUUCGUUGGCCCAACAUACUACCAAAGGCUGAAACAUAUGGUAGAGGAUAAAAUACACGCCAGGGCCAGAGGCCCAGUAACAAUGUUGACGAGACAACCAACUGAAGGACGCUCAAGAGAAGGUGGGCUCAGAUUCGGAGAAAUGGAACGUGACUGUAUGAUAUCACAUGGAGCGGCGAAGAUGCUCAAGGAAAGACUGUUUGACCAGUCAGAUGCAUAUAGAGUACACGUAUGCAAUUUCUGCGGACUAUUAUCGGUAGCCAACCUAAACAACAGCUCCUUCCAGUGCACAGCCUGCGACAACAAGACCCAAAUCUCCCAAGUCACAAUUCCCUACGCCUGCAAACUACUUCUACAGGAAUUAAUGGCAAUGGCAAUUUACCCAAAGCUAAUUUUAACUGAAGCCUAG